AUGGCAAUCGCCGAUACUGAUGGCAUGCCACUUGGCAAUAACAGACACAUGUUUACAAUGCAGACCAAGACUUUCCUCGCCGCCCUUCUGGCCGCUUUCCCCGCAGCUCGGGCCUUCAAGUUCACUGGCCCCAACCCCUCCGAGCCCAUCGAUGUCAGCAAAGAGGUUACUAUCACAUGGGAGGGCGACAUUCCUGACAACCUCUCACGCAAAUUCGACUUCACUUGGUACUGUGAACCUGAUCAUUUGAAUAAGUUCAGCUCUGAUAUCAGCCACCUUGUCGACGAAAUUUAUCUGUCCGAUCACAAGUACAAGUUCAGAUUUCACAACUCCAAAUCGAUGCUUGAACCAUUCGCCAACAAAAUCGCUGCCAAAAAAGUGUUCUCUUUCCAGGCUGUAUUCACGGAUGAGAAGCAGGAUGGUCUUGUGCUUCAAUACUGGAGUCAGAAUUACACCAUUGUUGGACUGGACAAUAGGGGGGAUGAGAAUCCAGAGAUCGAUCUUUAA